AUGCAAAUGAGCCCAGUUCAGAGGAAUCAAUCACUCGUCACAUUCAGCAGCCCUUGUAUUUCUGCACAGAGACACGAGCUGCCAUCUCUCCUCCACCAGAGCGUCACCAACACCAGAGACGGGAUCACUGGACCAAACACAGCCACUCAGACGCUCGCUCCAAUGUACACCACAAAACAUGUGUACCAAGAGCACUAUCACAGCUAUCACAGCAGUCAAUCUGACUUUUUGAGGUUUUGGAACUCCACGUAUGAACUCAUAACUAUAAAACUGACGAAUGAAAAAGGCGGCAGUUCAAAUAAACACACCACAUACACACUGGAGCUCAGGCGCAUCAGAGCAUACGGAUUCAUGUCUAACGGCACAAGGGACCCUGAAAAACCUCCCCAGCAGAGCGGUGUCUUGUUAGGGAUGAGGAAUGGGGACGUGGGGGGUGCUACGGUGGUCAGGGGCAGAUGGGUGAAUCCGGAGACACCCAAAGACUACACACCCACAGUCGGACAGCCAGGGCCCAGAGAGCAGGGGGAACAGAGAGAGGGGAAGAGGGCAGUGUCUCCUGAGGCCUAUGUGCUUGGCUGCCACCGUGUGUAA